CGCCCGGGAGCUUGACUACAAGUCCCAGGGAGCCGCGGGGGAGGGUUGAUUGGGCGCUCACGGGGCGUGCAGUGCCAAAGCGAGACCAUUUCCCGGCAAGAGCGCCAGUUCUCUGCUUUGCUCGGCCGGGAAGUCCGGGGCGGACAAGCGGAAAGCUCUCCCAUCCAGGCCAGCUACCUGGAGCAAGCCGAGUGGCCUGGAUGUCCCUGAUUGUUGUUGUUGUUGUUUAUACUGCGAGCACGAAAUUACUCCCCAGGGCCUCCUCCCCCGCCCGCUCCACCUGCUCCUCCCUCCUGUUGUAACAUGCCAUUAGUGAGCCUGCGACCUCAUUUCCAAGGGUGCUAGAGUUCGCAUUCAGCCACCAUGGGGAAUGGGAUGAACAAGACCCAGUUUAUGGAAGAACUGUGUGAUUUGGGCCUGCAUAUCUGAGACUUUAUGAUCCUGCCUGGCCUAUACAUUGGCAACUUCAAAGACGCCAGAGAUGCAGAGCAACUGAGCAAGAACAAGGUGACACAUAUUCUGUCUGUCCAUGAUAGUGCCAGGCCUCUGUUGGAGGGGGUUAAAUACCUGUGCAUUCCAGCAGCAGAUUCACCGUCUCAGAACCUGACAAGACAUUUCAAAGAAAGUAUUAAAUUCAUUCAUGAGUGCCGCCUCAGGGGUGAGGGCUGUCUUGUACACUGCCUGGCCGGCGUCUCCAGGAGUGUGACUCUGGUGAUCGCAUACAUCAUGACCGUCACCGACUUUGGCUGGGAGGAUGCCCUGCACACUGUGCGUGCAGUGAGAUCCUGUGCCAACCCCAACCUGGGCUUCCAGAGACAGCUCCAGGAGUUCGAGAAGCAUGAAGUCCACCAGUAUCGGCAAUGGCUGAAGGAAGAAUAUGGAGAGAGCCCUUUGCGGGAUGCAGAAGAAGCCAAAAACAUUCUGGGUAAAUAUAAAGAGCAAGGGCGUGUGGAGUCCCAGCCUGGUACAAGGCGGUGGAGCAGCUUUCAGACCCUGCCUCCUUUGGGCUACAGCAACUAUACGACGGAGACCUAGUAACUGAGUGACCUGGUGCCUACCUUUCCAUCCCUUGUCUUCAGUGCAUUUCUGCUGGGUGCCCUGGUGUGCUGGCUGCCCCCAUGGAGGACAGGAAAGGGAGGGUGGCAAAGGUGGAUCCAGGUUUCCUCUCCAUGAAUCCACCAGCCCUGCCCCAGGCCUCUUCAUCCUGCCUACUCCUGCCCUGCCUGAGUUUGGAGAGUCUGCUUGACUGCCCCGCACCAUCUCAUGCAUGCGCCUGUGUGCAGGCAAUUGAGCGUGUGUGCCCAUGCGGGUGGACAUGUGAACUCCAAAUGUUCAUAUUGCUGGAACAGUCACAGAAUCCAUGCUGCCAGGCUUGGUGUCACCACCUUUCCUUUUGUCCAAGACUCCACAUGGAAAUCAUUUGAGGUUAGCAUCUUAAAAGCUGUUCAGCCUAAACCAGCCUGUGGCUGGGAGCAGACCGAACCCAGAGUGGUCACGGUGAGGGCAGCAGGAGGCCAGACUCCCUCCUGAGGGUAGUUCCAGGGGCUCUGAAAGAUGUGUGGGGCUGUGCUCUGAACAUUGCCUCAAUCUUAAUGAAAGUGCUCUAGGCUGUGAUUCCUACCACCUCAAGACCCUCAUCUCGGCCCAUAUUGUCCCUGAGUUCUUGGUGUAUGUUCUCAGUGGCAUUGACUAUAUUUCAGUUCCAUGGGAACCACACCACAUCAGCCCAAGCUAUAUGCCCAGAGCUCUCUUCCAUUCUCCUCUUGUCCAGCUUCACUUACUCUCAACCUCUUUGUUUUCUUGCUGUUGUAAUUCUGCAAGGGUGUCUUUGCAACAUCUGCAUGCACCUUCAGGAAUUGGAAAGAAAGAGCAUUUAUUAGGCACUAUAGCAAGUUUGCAUUUAAAAAUACAUUUUAAAAUGCCUGCGUACUUAUUAAGCACUUAUUAAGCACCGUCAUAUAUGCUGUGGAUUUGAUAUUUGAUCUCAGCUACCUCAUUAAAUGUUUUUUUUAAAAAGUAUUUUUGUUAGUAUAACCAGCUCAUGGUUGGAAAUGUUGCGUCAUGAUUGCUUUUGAAUCCAAAGGGCAAAAGCAUCAGUAUCAUGAGCUUUUUCAAAUUUCUACUUGAGCUCCAGUAAUGCUUUCUGGUGGGUAAAAUUCUACAUUCAGGCCAAGCCCAACAUGGCUGGAGAGCGUCUGUAGUUUGCAGCAUGGAGCAACAGGAUCCUGGAAUUCUGUGAGCAAUUUUGUGGUCCAGUCUCAAAUUGUUUAAGCACACAAAAUUACAAGAAUGAAAAAGUUUACUUGCCUUCUCCCUAAAAAGAUGUUGCAGCCCACUUUCUCUGAAUCCCACCAACAACAGAGCCUCUGACUAAGAAGAGCAGCUUUCCCCAUGCAUAUAAAGCAUAUGUCACAGAUGAGCUGCUUUGGGGACCAGGGAAAUUCUACUCACCCACAAAGGCCCCAGAUAUAUACAAGGAAAGUGAAGCAUGGCCAUGGAAUUUUCUACCUACAGCUGAAACAAUUUGUCUAUUAAGUACUUUUUUAUUUUCUUGAACCAAAAAGAAAUGCAACUGUGGUCACAGAAAAAGUAUUUAGGAUAUCAGCUGAAAUGCUUAAAUAUGUGUGAACAUCUAAAUAUAUUCCUGUAGGUCUUGAAAUGUUGUUUUCAUUUUUGUUGCCAGUAAUGUUCUUUCUCCACAGCUACUGCAGGAAUUCUGAAGUACUGGGCCUUUCUCAGAAGACUGUAAUGUACCUGAAGUUUCUGAAAUAGUGCAAAGCCACAGAGUUUAGGCUGGUGCUGCCAAAAAGAAAAGCAACCUAGAGUUUAUUUUUAAGUAUCCAGAAGUGAUGUGUAACUUGUUUUUCAUUUUAAACUGAAUAUAUGUGUAAUGAUAUAUGUUGAGAACUAAAGAUACUCUUUCCAAGAGAAAAUAUUUUUUACCUUAAAGCCACUGCUACAGCAACUUCUUUAACCUUAACUUUGGGGUUUAUAAAGCAAUCUCAAGAGCCCUGCUGCACUGUUUUGGUAACUGUUUAGUAAUCAUGAUUGCUUCUCAUGAUAAUUGUGCUGUGUAAACUCUGCUUAUGUGCUCUUAAAUUCCCCAGCUUGGGAAAUAUUUCUUGGUGUGUGCUCUACCCAUGGUUUGUGUUCUCCUUGGUGGACUUUACCAAAAGCUACACAUUUUUGUUAACAAAGGGCAACCGAGCAUUUAACUUCAUGUGCAAUGCACUUUUCCUUGGCUGAGGUGUGGAUGUUAUAUGUGUUUCUGCCUGUGAGGGUUGUGAAGCAGGAUCAGAAUCUGCUCCUGUAGCAGUAAUGCUGGUUUAAUGGCAGAGGCCACAGUUUCCUACAGAAGGUAGUACAGAGAGCACUUAGGAAAAGUGAAUUAAUUUCAUCAUGAGAGAAAAAUUGAUCCUCAAUGUGAACAGAAAAAAAUCCAGAAAUUGGACUCAUAUUUCUCUUGCCCACACAUGAGCACUGAAUAUGUGGCACUAAUGGAAUUACUGCAUUUGCCACAAGGCUGCGUAGCCCUGGUGCUCCAUGAACACUGGCUGCACAUUGUUGAAUGAAGUUUACUCUGAUUCCAUAUUUAGCUUUUAAUUUGAAGAAACACAGACUGGCUUGAAGAGCGAUUUAAGUCCAUUUCCUAAAUUGUCCUUGUCUAAAUCCAGGGGAAGAAGAAGGAGAUUUAACUUCUGACUCCAGGGAUAAUUUGGGCCUGAACUAAGGGCAGGUGGAUACAGCAGCUAAUAUACAUGGACCCUUUAACUGUAGGUGGCAGGCUUCACCUGUAUUCUGUAUUUGAAUGCCUGGAAGCUCCUGAGAAGGGCACAGGAAAGGGGCUGGAAUGGAGAUGACCCUCUGAACUGGCAGCAGCCCCUGCCGGUGUGGGAUGAUAUUCACUGAUCAGUGUCAGUCAUUAAAAUGCUUAUUCUGACUCAGUCCAGUAGGGUCACCCACCCCCUCACAGCCUGACAUCCUUUCCUGUCCCCCUCUUCUUGCCAUAGGACCAGAUCUGGCACCAACAAUAAUCCUCUAAUAAUUGUCUGGUGUACUGUGGGUUACAAACUAUCACUGCAAAGCUUUAUAAGCUCACAGAGGGGAUUAUUUUAUUUAUUCACAUCUCAAAGAGGCCAAAAAAUACAACCAAAACUGAAAAUGUUAGUUCUGCUUUGCUUGAAUUUUGAUCUUUUGAUUAAGACUCAGUGGGUUAGGGGCACCUGGGUGGCUCAGUGGGUUAAAGCCUCUGCCUUCGGCUCAGGUCAUGAUCCCAGGGUCCUGGGAUCGAGCCCCGCACCGGGCUCUCUGCUCGGCGGAGAGCCUGCUUCUUCCUCUCUCUCUCUCUGCCUGCCUCUCUGCCUACUUGUAAUCUCUGCCUCUCAAAUUAAUAAAUAAAUAAUCUUUAAAAAAAAAAAAAGAAUAAGUGGGUUAAGUGAGAGGGAGGAGCUGAGCUGCCCCUGCACUUUGAACAUAGAAGUUUAUAAGGCUCUAAUGAGGGUCAAGGGAGAACCAGCACCCCUGUAGCAAAGCACAAUGGCUAGUGAAGCCAGAACCUCUCUUUGGUUGCUUCCAACCCCCCACACACCCCUUUCUCCCUGGGGAGUUUGAUUGGGGCCCCAUCAGUGGAGUUGGCAGUUAGGAAAAUUAACAAUUACAGAGUGGGUCAUAAGGACUAGUAUAGGUGCUCCUGGUGCUAUGUGGCAGGGGAAGGGAAGAGAAAAACCAUUCCAGUUUCAGGGUGAGGAAGGCAGUGUUCAGGGAAGGCAUCUUGGAAAAAGUAAUACCUAAUUUGAGACUUCAAGCUUAAGAGCUAAAAUUAGUUGGGCAUAGUGGGAGGAAGGGGAGUCCAGGCAGAGACCCAGCAUGUGUGUUAACAUGGUGGCAUAAGGGAGCACAGUGCACUGGGAUGACCCUAAGACACUCUGUGUGACUAAAGCAAGAACCAAGGAGUGGGCACUGUUAGUAAGUGAUACAGACAAAACUGUACACACAAGCAAGGGCCCUGUCAGCCAGGUUGAUACCAUUGCUUAGUAUCUGUAUAUAUAUUAGUAUUCAGUAACUGGUUUACUUCUUAUACUAGCCCUUGGAGCUAAUCAAGCUCAGAGGUCAUGCCCUGCCAGCUUCCCACAGGGCUGAUUUCUGAGCUUAGAGCCUCACAAGAAGCAUGCAUUCCAUUAUGCAGAUGUAAUGAGUAGAGGUGGGGGCUGGCUGAACUUGCUAGAGCAAGCAAGUACCAUGGUUGGUUGGUGUGUAGGUGGAGAAUGGAGGGUCCAUAUUGGAGGCCAGUCGGGACAGCUGUUAUAGUCAUCCAGGUGAUGGAAGAUGAUGCCCUGAACAGGGUCAUGGUGAUCGAGAUGAAGAGGGACCAAGAAGGCAAAUAGAGGGGUGCCUGGGUGGUUCAGUGGGUUAAAGCCUCUGCCUUUGGCUUGGGUCAUGAUCCCAGGGUCCUGGGAUCGAGCCCCGCAUCAGGCUCUCUGCUCUGCGUGGAGCCUGCUUCCUCCUCUCUCUCUCUCUCUCUCUGCCUACUUGUGAUUUCUCUCUGUCGAAUAAAUAAAAUCUUUAAAAAAAAAGGCAAAUGGAUUUGGGCUUGAGGGAGUUUGGGAAGAGAGAAGCCAAUGCGCUCAGUACUGGAUUGAAUGUGGGGGAUUAUGGGUUUUGUGGCCUUUACACUCUGGAAUCUUGCUUCCAACACAAUGGUCCUUUGUGUCAACAUCCUCCUUUCCUUUGAUGUCAGUGUGUGGGCUCUGAAAUGUCAAGGUUAGAUUUAAGGGGACUGCCAGACCUGGGGCCUCCAAGGACAAUCAUCCCAGCUUUGCAGAUUAGGUCAAAUUUAUCCAUGCACCCAGGACAGACUCCCAGGAACUAGAUUCAUAACAAUGUGGAACUCAAAUGUCCAAUUUUAUAAUUUAUUGUGAAAGAUUAAAAAAAAAAGUAGCUUUAUGAAAACCAAUUUUAUUCACUAGGCUCUCUCUCUUUCAUUGUCAGGAUUUUGGAGGAAGCCAAAUUAAUCAUUAGGCAUUGUCUUAUGAGAUGGACAUGGAGCUAAGAGCCUUGGCAGGAGGUGGGGGAUAAUCCUGAUCUGGUGUGCCCCAUAAUCAGAUUGAUAUUCCCAUAACAUACUUAAGUGGUAUUUCUACCAGGCUCCUGUUUUGCUCCCUGAGGUUACCUUUCCAGGGUCUAGUGGACCAUCAAGUUUAUGUACUCUCUCUGCCCAAGGUUAUCUUGGACUUAAAUCACGUUUUUAGAGCACCUUCAUUUUUUAAAAAAAUUUAUUUUGUUUUUUUUUCAGUGUUCCAAGGAACAGUUCCAGUGCUCCUUGCAAUACUAGAGCACCUUCAUUAACCUUGGGUAUCCUUAUGUGUCUUCAAUAGCAUUUAUGCUUUUCUGUGGGGAUAGGUUCCCACUAGUGGCUUUUUUUCUUAUUUAUUGGGUGCCUAUUCUUUCUAGUUUCUGCCUCAGCAGGGAACCUCACUUCCAACUUCUGGGUCUGUUUUGUAUUCCUCUUGCAUAGAGACAGCUUAUAAAAUCUGGUGAUUUGUGUGUGUGUGUCUGCGUGUGUGUGCACAUACACCUGUGUCUUAUGUUUUUAUUAGUUUUAGAGAAAUCCUUAGCUUUCAGGGGAGUCAUGUGUGCAACAUCAAGGGUAACUUGAGCUCGGGUACCUUAAAUGGCAGGUACUUGGGGCACCCAAGGAAAUGUCAGAGCCCAUAUUGCACAACUAGAGCUAGUCACGAAGGGCUGCUCUGCACACCAGUAUCUAGUCAUAAAAAUAGGGAACACACUAAAAAUCAAAACCCUGUGAUCCCACACUAGAUGACUCCUCCCAUCCUGACCCUAAGUUAUUAAUAAUUUUAUUAAGAAUGUGCUUUCAACAUGCUUACAUUUAUAUAUGUACUUAACAAGAAAUCACCAAGACUUCAGAGGGAAGUUCUUCUUCCCUUUCCUUUUUAUUGCCCAGAGAAAGAGAGAAACUGCAAAGAAGGAGGGGGGAAAAAAGCUGCAUUUGACUUGUCACUGGAGGCUUGAGCAUAUCAAUCAUUCACUUCUUAGAAUUUAGUAGGGUCUCCUGAGGCCUUGGGCUCAUUGAGACUGUCAUGGACUUGAAUGCAUGUAAUGCACUGGCCACAUUUCAUCAUGCAGAUAGAUCUUGACACUUUGCUCUUGUUUUCCUAUCCCCACUCUAGAUCUUGAGACCUGUCACUGCAGUAACAGGACAUAAUUAGUUCAGCCAGUACCAAAAUUAGUAAUCAAAAUUAGUAUCUAUUUUGCAGCUAAGGCUUAACCACCUAAUAAGCAUCCGACUAAAUGUUGCAAGUGCUGUGCCUGUGUCUCUUUCCAUCAGGGGAAAGAACUGCCAGUCCGUAUUUGAACAUCUGCAAGUUUAGGUUUAUUUUGGCUCUGGAUAUCUAUGCAAACUGUUGAUCAGGAAUUAGUAAUUUGCAGUUAAUUUUCCUGAAGUUUCCAGUUCACUUAUUAGAGUCUGGUGUCAAAAGAUCUAUUUUAGCAGGUGACUGAAAUUACUAGGCAGUUCAACAUUCUGAGUGUGAUGUUGACUAGUUAGAGGUGGGGUUAGGAGAUAUAUUGAAUGGGAUUGUACCUGAGCACAUCCUUUAUUCAAAGACCUACUUAAGAAAACUAGAUAGGAGCCAGAGGUAAAAAAAUAAAACUUUGAUUUUUGUGGGGUUAACAAUUUCUUCUAGAAAUAAUUUAGUUUAUGCUGAUCACACCAUUUGUCUAUUUGCCCAACUUGACCCAAGGAGGCCUCAUUACAGUGGCCUUUCCGUUUAGCUUCUCAGUCUUCCAGGAUACAUAUCAGUGACAAGCAAAUAUGUCAUGAAUGGAACAUUGCCAUCAACAUGGUGUUGGUCCCUCUCUCCCCUUCAAGUCUGUUGAUCGAUUACCAAGUGCUUUGCCCUCAGCCUCUUGUGCCCUUCACCAGAAGUGGCCAAACCAGCACAAACAGGAACCAUACUUUCUGGUGAGCAGGUUUGCCUUUUGUUUGUUGGCUAUGGGUUUCCCCAAGGCAUUGAUAUGGAGCCUUUUUGGAAAAUAAAAAUCAAAAACCCUCACAUGUGCACUGAAGAAAUGUCACCUUCUGCUUUGCAAAGGGUGUGCCCUUCAAGGCAAGAGACCCAAGUAGAACCGAGCUUCCUCAGAAUGGGAGUCCCUAGAGAAGUUUGUCAUGUGCCAGGGGUCAGAUGUUUGGAUUCUCCUUGGUUUGUGUUAAGCCACACUGAUGUGGUGGCAGAGAGAAAGGCAGUAAGGUGUGAAAGGAGAAGACCAUUUCUCAACUGUUUGCAGAAGCCUUCAUGAAUCUCCCAAAAUCAGGUGCAUCCCAGAGGUGUACUGAAGAUGUGGGCUAAAGCCCAUUUCAUGCCUUGAUAAUUCACUAUCCUACAGCAGACAGGCCUAUUUUAUGCUUUGCCAGAACCCCUUCCCAUCAUCUUCCACCUUCCAAGAGCAGAAAGGCACAGGUCCUGAUAGAGUAGGUUGGAGGAGAUGAGAGGCCAAGGUCUCUCUGGUGACCAGGCAGCCAACAUAGUCACAGGCCAGACAGGCCUGACUAAGGUCCAUUUUAAUCCCCAUUCUCUGGAAUACCUUGGGGAAGUCCCAGAGGAGGCAAUCCACUCAUGUGGGGAACUUCUUCUAAGACUAGAGUAAAGAAGCUCUGUAGAAGAGAUGAGCAGAGCUAGAGGACACCAUGUGUCUUGGCACAGUGAUAUGCCCAGAGACAGCCUCAUAGCCUUCCUGGGUAGCAUUUUAUGUGUCUAGAAAGGCCUUUCUAAUUGUGAAGAGCUCCCAUGUAGGUUACAAGACAAUCAGCCUCUUGAUGGUCAACAGUUAUUCAGCACUUAAUGUGGGAGAGAAGCUGGCAUUGAGACUUUUUCUUGAAAUCUCUUCUGACAACAAUCUUAUGGGAUAGAUUUUACUAUGGGAGAAACUAAGUUCUAGAGAACUUGAGCAUUACCCAGUCUCAGGGCCAGAAAGUGACCAAGUGAGGAUUGUAAUCCAAGGAAUCUGGCUCAGGUGUCCCUAAAUGUCACUACCCCUGGGAGGCUAAGCUAAUAAAAUGCUAACAGUCAUGUGUACUCAUGUUCAAGUUUUUUUCUGAAGGUGGGUUUAUGUUAGAUUAGAGGCCUAGUGGGAAGAUUAAGGUGGAAGAUAGGUAAGUAUAGUUAAAUAGGCACAUGAGAAAGGCAUUUCUUUUUUCUUUUCAUCAAAGCCUGGCCAUUGUGUGUACACUAUUGCUGCCACACAUAUCUCUAAGUAUUUCUAAUUUAGCCUAGAGUAGCAGGCAGAGUACUGAGAUACCCUAGGGCUCCAGGAGGCCCUUUGCAAGAACAUAGAAUGGCCCAUGUGUGUACAGGAAAAGGAAAGAGAGUGCUGGUACUUUAAGCAGAUGGUAUUCUGUCCUUGAUGUGCCAUCAUUAUACAAAUAGAGGAACCUCAGUGAAGUUUUUUCAAGAAGCUCAGGGAUUUGCUGCCACCUAAGUCAAAUAACUCACAUGGAAACAUUCAUCAAGGACAGAGACGUGGAAAGCAACAGUAGAUGUCAAAGCAACCAGAGACUGACAGGACCUCCUUCCAACCCCUGGGGCUGAGAAAUGGAGUUACUAGAGUCAAGUAAAAAGUGAGCCAUGCAGGGGUACCUGAGGAGGGCAGGUCUUUAAGAAGUAAGGGAGACUUGGAGGAAGCAGAGUAGAAGUUUCCCAUCUAUUAUCCUCUUGUCCUAUCUCCCUGUACCUAAUGGGAAGCUGGCCAGCAGAGGAUUUUGCAUGCUAUGUCCAUGGGGGACAGAACAGUGUGAUUACCGUACAAUAGGCAGCCCUGGUGCUCAGCCGUGGGUAGGGCGGAGACACAGUGAUAGGAUGGAGGAAGUGCCACAAGCUUCCAAGAAGUAUCUAAGUGUCAACAAGCUGAUACUAAAAGUGGGUCUGAGUGGGGAGCCUGGGUUCUCCUACACACUUUGUCCUGAAGUAUGCUAUCUGGAGCUUGGCCUGUGACUCACUGCUUUCAUCUUUAGAAAGCUUUUAGAAGCAUCCAUGUCUGCCAGUAUGCCCCUGCUGAUCUGUGCUUUCCUAUGGCCUAUCUGGAGAAAUGACACCCUCAACAUUAAGGCCAUCAGCCAUGACAUUUGAGCCUCUGCUACAAAUUGUGCCCAUGUGAGAGGUCCCUACCCCGUCCUGAAGCCCAUGAAGAGGAGGGAGGAGAGUUUGCAGUGCCUCAAUCAUGCCAUAUUGCCUGCGGCUCACUGGGAAAACUAUGUCAUGAGAUGCUUACAGAGUUAGCACUAUGUGCCAUGAGGGAAAGGACAAAUUAGGCAGGGCAGCCUUGCCUUCAGAUUUUGAGCUGGAGAGAGUCUUGUGUAUAUUCACAAAUAUUCUGUGAACAAAUGUGGAGCACAGAAUCAUGAAUGCAGGCCAUGGAAAGUGUCCUGCUGGGGAUGGAAAACUUGGAAGAAGAGUGAAGGACAUCCUGGGCAGAGGGUGACAUGCAAGCAAAGGCACAAACAGGAGUGAACAGAGUGUACUUGGAGUCCAGGACCUGUCUUAGAGAAGAUGACUAUGAGGGAGGUGACGGUUGGAAAGUAAAAUGGCUAAUCUUGUCCUGAACUGUAAACUGUGGGCAGAUAUGGGUGGGCCUUGGAUAGAUUUGGGCCCAUCAGAAUGGGCUGGAAGCAGGAAGGUAGGGCAGUUAGGAGGGAAACAGGCUCAUGUGGACCAGAUGCCCCAUGGGACCUCUCCAAAGAUGAAUCUACCAAGUGAGACAACAUAGAUAAUGACCAUCUUGAAGUAGUGACAGACAGUGCUGGUUUGCUUUCUCCAGAAGCAGAAACAAGAGUUAGGGUUACAAAAGAUUAUUGGUGACAGGAGGGCAGGAGGCUUAUGGGCCAGUGGGGCUGUCAGGCUAUAAGAUAGUCCCACCUUCUCUCCACGAGAGGAGCCUAAGGGCAGGCAUGACUGAUUGCCCCAGAAGAAUGGCCUGAGCUGCCAAGCAAGGGAGCCCUGAGAGGCCAGAGCUCAGCGACUCUUACCAUGCUUGCAGGGAAAGACAGCCUGACACUCUCCAGGGACACCUGGUGCUAAAGUGCAGCCUUGUAGAGAUACUUCUCCCCAGUGUCUCACACAGCAGGGCUACCCAGAAUACACCCAAAUUCCAGUGUUGGAGCCUCCAAUGUCGCUUGGUCAAUUGGGUGUCUCUGGCAACUAGAAGCCCUCUCCCCUUGUUUCCUCCCCAUGCCUCCUCUCCCUUUCUCCCCUUGUCCUCCUCUCUGUCCUCCUGUCCCAUUCUCACUCCUCUCUCAUUCCUCUCUCCUCAGUUCUCAGAUUAGAGCUGGGUGUCGAGGAAGCAUGAAAGCAACACCAGGAGUUAAGGGAUUCCAAAUGUCCCUCCUCACAAUGAUUGCAGCCUCAGUAGCCACCAGAGAUUUAUUGAAAAAAACAAAUUUUUUUAAAGGAUUUAUUUGUUUAUUUGACAGACGGAGAUCACAAGUAAGCAGAGAGCCAGGCAAAGAAAGAGGGGGAAGCAGGCUCCCUGCUGAGCAGAGCGCCCUAUCUAGGGCUCAAUCCCAGGACCCUGAGAUCAUGACCUGAGCUGAAGGCAGAGGCUUGAACCCACUGAGCCACCCAGGCACCCCUGAAAAAAACAAAUUUUAAUAACAAGUAACUAAAAGAUAAUCUGUCUUUUAUUACCAGCUAGAUCCAGCAGUCUUAAACCAUUCCAGUGAUAAAAUAUAUCUACCCCCCCAAAAAAAUUAUUUUAUUGGUCUAAGUUCUUUUUUGUAAAGAUCUUAUUUAUUUAUUUUAGAAAGAGAAAGAACAGAGGGAGGAGCAGAGGGAAAGGGACAAGCAGACUCUCCACUGACCACAGAGCCUGAUUUGGGACUUGAUCCUAUGACCCCCGAGAUCAUGACCUGAGCCAAAACUGGGAGUCCAAGCCUUAACUGACUGAGCCACCCAGGUCCCCUGUUGAUCUAAGUUCCAAGUCUAAACAAUGUAUGCAUAAGCUUAAAAUGUCCAUGUUUUUAUUAAUCCUUUAUUAACAGCAUGUUCUGUAUGGAAGUAAAUGUGGAGAACUCCCAGUUAAUGGGCGGGACUGGGAUAUAGGGAAUCAGCUUGUCUAUUAUUUUGGGGGUUUUAAGUUUGUUUUUUCUUUUCCAAUAAAUUCAGAAAUAUCUGGAAUCCAAACUGUGAUAAUUGCAUUUCUGCACUUGCAGAGUAGAUUUGACAUACCCAAGGAUGUUACAUGCAGUCCCUUCAGUCUGGCAUUCUGAGUGGCCACUUGGAUUUUUGCUUGUCCUUACAAUUUUUUGAUUGCAGACAUAUUAGAAGACCACCAGAAUUGGCCCCAAAGAAAUACAGAUGUGCUAUUUAUGGAAUUUGAUGUGAAAUGUCUUCUUUUUUUGCAUCUCUCCCAAUCUUAUCCUUUUGUUUAACACCUUUCUUAACUACUUGUAUGUAUGUUGCUCCACUGAAAGCAAUUUUUCAAAAUUAAAAUAAAGCAAGUAUUCUAUGAUCCAUGAAGAGUGAAGAUCAAUUGACAAAUCUAACAUAAGGAGAAGUUCUGUUUUGACGAAGUCAUCGAUAAAUUUGAGGAGGCUCAAAAACAAAUUGUAAUUACUCAUUAAUGUCACAGACCAACAUCUAGGUAUAUAUGUUUCCCCCAUUUUUAAACAUAUAUUAUUGUAAUUAAAAAGUAUUCAUACAUGGCUUUUUCAUUUUACUGUGAUAUUUCUGUUUUUAUUUAUUGACAUGAUAACCAAUAUAAAAUUCAAUAAAAGAACAUUUUUACAGCA